AUGGCAACUCUUUAUCCCUCUCACUUGUUAUCUGCCUCCCCACACCUCCAAGCCUCCGCGAAAAUCAACCGUCGGGCUCAUGCUCCUCCUUCUGUUCUUGGGCUCAAGGGUUUGGCACAGUGUAGUAAACUGCAUGCCUUUGGCCAGAGUGUUAAGCUUUCUGGGUUGCGUAAGAAUUCUCGGCACAAUAUCUCGUGUGCGAUAAAUAUGACUGCAGGACAGUCGGAUGAACCUGGGAAGAUGAAAUUCGAUCACCUGAUUAAUAAAGCAAGAAAAUUGUGGGACAGCUCUCCACAGCCGGUCAAGAUCUUCCCUUGGAAAAGGGCCGUGCAAAACUUUAUUCAACUCAUCCUUGACCUUAUACUAGCAGUUGUCAAAUACUUAUCUGUACCUUUGCUGGCCGUUUCCUCCCUUAGUGAAAUGUCCUACUGUGCACAUGCGAAGAAGUUGUUUUUAGUUCCUAUUCCAGUCCUCAUUGGAAUGGCUAUUGCGGAAGUCUUAAAACUGGCAGCCUUGGAUGCUUCCCCACUUCUUAAGGAUGCAGAAGUUCCCUGGCAUCUGAUUGUCAUGGCAAUCUUCUUCACACUGCUCAAAUUGCCAGGUCCAUAUUACCCAUUCUGGGGGAGAAUUUUAAUCCCACACUUGGCUAAUGGGGGGUUGUUAAGGACCUUAUGGUUUGCAUUUUUGUGGUAUAGAAGACCCCAAAGGGUAUUGAGAAUGGCACCGUCACAAAAUUCUGAAAGUGGCAGUCAAUCUGAAGUUGAACCAAAUAAGCUCUAA